AUGCCCCUCAGAGGGGAGUCACCCGAGCGAAGGGGGGGGGUGGCUCUGGUGUACACGUUUGCAAGGGGCGGCUGGAGCGGGGGGGGGGAGGGAUUGUUGUGUUGGUUGGGGUGGGUGGGGGGGUGGGGGGGGGGGGGGGGGGGGGGGGGGGGGGGUGGGGGGGGGGGGGGGGGGGGGGGGGGGGGGGGGGGGGGGGGGGGGGGUGGGGGGGGGGGGGGGUGGGGUUGUGUGGGGGGUGGGGGUGGGGUGGGGUGGGGUGGUUUGGGGUGGGAUAUGGUGAGUGGGGGGGGUUUGUGGGGUGGUGGGGUGGGGGGGGGGGGGUGGGGGGGGGGGGGGGGGGGGGGGGGGGGGGGGGGGUGGGGGGGGGGGGGGUGGGGUGGGUGGGGUGUGGG